AUGUUCACUUUCGAAGGCGACUUCAAGUCUCGUCGCAAUAUCAACCUGGGCGGGCGAAAGAAGGACCUGGAGGAUAAGAAGGAACUACUCAGGAGGGCUCAGGCGGAGAGGAAGGAGAGGGAAAGGGAGAGGGCAAAGGAAAGGGCCGCGAUUGAUGUUCAGGCCUUCUGGCGCGGCCGAAAACACAUGAAGCGGUUCUACGCGUCAAUCCGGGAGCAAUGGGACACCGAGAUCAAGUCUGCAGCAGCAUCAACAUCGAACGCAAUACCACCAGCGAAGGUUUCCUCGCUUGUUCGCCGCUUUCUGUUCUUCUAUAGCCCUUUGAUGAUGGAUAGGGUGCGGUUGGUGGAGUUGCUUUGUCCGUUGUUGUUGAGAGGAGGAUCAGGGACAUCACUGCGGAAUGUGAUUGCGCCGUUUCCGAGUAUGGAUGCGAAAGAGUGGCAGUACAUACUGGUGAAACUCUGCCGGGUGUGUCUUGCCAACCUCUUCUUCAACGACGGAGUAAGCACAACGGACUCAAAGCAACCAAGCAACAUCAUACUGCUUCUGGAAGCGAUCCUGAACCGAGACGCAUCUGCGGCGGUUGCGACAUACACCCCCGGCUGGGACUAUGUACAGGAGCUGUUCUUUGUGAUAGGAGAUGACAUGUUUGCCAAGAUAAGAGCGUACAUCAGCAGCCAUACAAUCGACCAGCGCGAUCUCCCCAGCACAUCCCACCUAAUGGCCCUCACAACCCUGCCCCUAACCCUCCUCGAAUCUCUCCCUACUCCGUCCCCCCGCCGCGACCACAUCAUCGCCCUCGUCAUCACUCACAUCCUCACCAUCGAGUACCUGCCCAACCGCAUCAGCAUCGACGCCCUGCAGGCCUUCUCGCAGAAAUUGCGGUUUAGCGCGAUUGUGGACACGUUGAAUAAUGGGGGAGAGGUGUAUGAGCGGGUCGAGAGGGAGAGGGCGACGGGUGAGGGGGAUAUGUUUGCGGCGUUGUUGGGGAAUGUGUUGGCGUUUGGACAGCAGGCGGUGGGGAAGAUGGGUGACGAGGCAUUGUCAACGUACAUAUCCGUGCUCAGCAACCUCCUCGAGCGCCUUCCAUCAAACUACCUCAACGCCCUCAACCCAUCUACCACCAACAACGCAGCCGCGCACAUCCCCGACGAUGACGACGACAUGGAUAUCGACCCGGCACCCUCAUCGUCAAGCAAGUCACCCUCCACGGCAACGAUUCACCCGCAACUGCGCAAAUGGUUGUUGCUGCUCACCAAGCCGGCUCUGUUGGACGCGAUCGUUAAGGCGUUACCGGAUUCCACGUCCUCCUUGCCAUCAAAUCCGGGGUCGGUGGCGAUAUCAGAGACCGUUGCGACCUUCUUAUUGUCGCUGGUGACGGCGUGGACGGCGGCCAAGACGGAGAUCGCCACCAUCUUGCUGUACCGCCUCGAAUCCGGUAACGCGUUCCUGCGCAGGCUAUGGACGUGUGUGGUCAACGGCCCGUUGUGGGCGGCUCUCAAGCGGAACGGGAGGAACGCGGUGGGGGUACUCGCUGACGAAAAGUAUGCGGGCCAAUGGGCGAUCCUGAUCCUGUUUUGCGAGUUCUUUGUCCGCGUGUUCACGACACUCGGCGAUGACGAGCUGGUGGGCGCCAAACCACCUGUUGCGGUGGACGUGCUGAUUGAGCUCUCCGGCGUGUUGAAGAACGUCGUGUUUGAUAUGUACUGGAACGAUUCUGCGCCCGGAUUCCAAAGGGGAGGUUCGGCCCGGUUCCUUCAGCCGGAGUUUGCAGUCGAGCUUUUCACCCGAGUGUUACGGCAGAUCCACGCGCGCGACUCCCGACGUUCUUUCUGCCCAAAAGACCACUGGCUGCUCGCCUCCCUCCCCGUCGACGAAUCCACGUUCCUCGACCUCGCGCUUCAACACGACCACAAAUCUGAACCCCACGACGCAAGCGAUAACCACCACCUCACCAGCCCGACAUCCCGUCAACCCGCCAUCUCCCCGCUUUUCCCCACCCCAUCCGCAACCCUCAAACAAAGUAAAGUCAUACAGUGUAGGAAUGUUUUAACCCACAUCCCUUUCGUGAUCCCCUUCGCCAUCCGCGUCAACAUCUUCCGUACCUGGAUCGCCGACGACCGCAAAUCCCAGCGGCUCGACGAAAACUGGAUGCGCCCCGCGGCACGCGCCACCAUCCGCCGCGGUAGCGUCUUCGAGGACGGGUACACGCACCUCAACGCUCUCGGGUCACAGCUCAAACGGCGCGUCGCAAUCACGUUUGUGAGCGAGCAGGGGCUGGUCGAAGCCGGGAUAGACGGCGGCGGCGUGUUCAAGGAAUUCCUCACCUCCCUCUCGGCGCAAGCCUUCGACAUCAACUACGGCCUGUUCCAAGCUACACCGGAUAACCUGCUAUACCCGUCCCCACACUCAUACGCCGCGCAAGAGACACAAUUACACCAUCUCGAGUUCCUGGGCCGGAUCAUGGGAAAGGCAUUGUACGAAGGCGUCCUCGUAAACGCGGCAUUCGCAAACUUCUUCCUCGCCAAAUGGCUCGGCCAGCGCAGCUACGUCGACGAUCUACCUUCCCUGGACCCGGAGAUGUAUGCCGGCCUCAUGUUCCUCAAACACUACACGGGGGAUGUGGAACGCGAUCUUGGGCUGACUUUCUCAUUGGAUAAGGAUGAGUUUGGGAACAUGCGCACGGUGAACUUGAUACCCGAUGGGAGCAACGUCGCUGUGACGAGGGAGAAUCGGAUCCAGUAUAUUUAUCUGGUCGCGAACUAUAAGCUGAAUGUGCAGAUCCAGAGGCAGUGUGCCGCCUUCUUUAGUGGGUUGACGGAUCUGAUCCAUCCGGGAUGGUUGAGGGUUUUCAAUCAGCAAGAACUCCAAUCCCUCCUCGGCGGCACCACGCACCCGAUCUCGAUCCCGGACUUGCAGGCCCACACCACCUACGCCGGCGGCUACACCGCGCAACACCGCACCAUCGAACUCUUCUGGUCCGUCGUCUCCAACGAGUUCAGCGAGGAGGAGAAACGCGGCCUCGUCAAGUUCGUCACGAGCUGCGAACGCCCGCCGUUGAUGGGGUUUGGGGAACUCAGGCCCGGGUUCUGUGUGCGCUGCGCGGGGGAGGAUGUCGGGCGGUUGCCGACGGCGUCGACGUGUGUGAAUCUGCUCAAACUCCCGCCGUACACGGAUAUCGAGACGAUGCGCACGUAA